UGUAUGCAUACCAGAUCUGCCCAAUUCACGCUAAGAACCCCUACAGAACCUAAAAAUCGAUUAUCAUUGCUAGUCUGAGAAAAUCAAUUCUCCCGCGCGCUCACAACCACCUGCAACUCUCCUCUCUACCCCGCCAAACCGCCCACCAUGGCCCCCAUCCCCUCCUCGCAAACCCCCCGCCUAAUUCUCUACCACCAAACCCACCACACCCCCUCCGGCGAUCAUGUUCCGCUCCUCCCGCUCCUCAAAACCCCCUUAACGCACCUCAUCCUCGCCGCCAUCCACCUCAACGGCCACCCCACCAACCCGCACUUGACGCUCAACGACCACGCGCCCUCGGAUCCACGGAACCAGACUCUCUUCUCCGAGCUACACGACUUAAAGCGCGGGGGGAUCAGGGUGAUGGGUAUGCUUGGCGGAGCGGCGCAGGGGUCGUUCAAGGUGCUUGAUGGGGAGGAGGGGGAGUUUGAGAGGUAUUAUAAGUUGUUGUUUGAUUUUAUCCGCUGGGGGGAGCUGGACGGAUUGGAUUUGGAUGUGGAGGAGAAGAUGUCGCUGGCUGGGGUGAUUCGACUGAUUGAUCGGUUACGCUCGGAUUUCGGGGGCGGGUUUAUUAUUACGCUUGCACCUGUGGCGACGGCGCUGGCGACGAGGGAUCCGAGGGCUAAUCUGAGUGGAUUUGAUUAUGCGGAUUUGGAGUCGGAGAGGGGAAGCGAGAUCGCGUGGUAUAAUGCGCAGUUCUACUGUGGGUGGGGCGAUGUGCGGACGCCGACUGGGUAUUUGAGGCUCGUGAUGGGGGAAGGAGGAGGAGGAGGGUGGGAUCCGAGGAAGGUGGUGAUGGGUGUUGUGACGAAUCAGGGGAAUGGGGCGGGGUUUGUGGAGAUGGGGGUUUUUGCGGAGACGCUGAUGGGGGUUACGGAGUGGUUGGGGACGGGGUGGGGAGGGGUGAUGGGGUGGGAGUAUUUUAAUGCUGUGCCGGGGGGGACGGAGAGUCCGUGGGAGUGGGCGGAGAUGGUAGGGGGGUUGUUGGGUUCGACAAGAGAAGGAGGAGUUGGAGGGGUGGAUGGGAGUGUGGAGGCGGCAGUGGGGGGAGGUAAUGCUGAUAGAGCUAUUGAUGGUGAUGGAGAGGUUGCAGAGAAGCCGGCUGGGUUUGAAUAUUUCACGGACGCGAGCGAUGCAUAA